AAAUGUUUGCAACUUAUGCUUACUUUUAAUAGGGAUUUUCAACAUGAAGUGUUAACAUGUACUUCUUUGGAACCAAUAAACCCCUAGGAGAUUUAAGAUACAUACAGAUAUGGCAUGACAACUCUGGGUCACAUGGCUUUAAAAGUUGGUUUAUAAGCAAAAUUACAGUCGAUGACUUGGAAAAACAUGAAAGAUAUACGUUCCAUUGCAACAAGUGGCUAGGUAUUGAUGAUGAAGAUUGUUUAUUGGAUCGCAUUAUACCAGCAUCAACUCUAGACACAAUUUCUUUUAACGAUGGUAUAUCUGUGGAAGCUCAAAGGCUAAUGUCUGUAUAUCAUUUAUGGAUUUCUUUGCUCUUUCCUCCACAAGGAAAAUUCACACGAGUUCAAAGGCUGUCGUGCCUAAUGGCAUUACUUUGUCUUAUCAUGAUAUCAAACGCAAUGUUCUUUCGAUCUUCUGAUGAAGACCAAAAUGUUGAUGAAGUAAAAUUUGGAGUUUUAACACUCUCAUUUGGAACAUUCUAUGUAUCAUGCGUUGGAAUGCUAAUCUCAACUGUACCCGUUACUGUUGCAGCCUUUGUUUUUAGAAACAUUACAAACUCUAAAUCAGUCGAAAACAGAAUCAACAAUCCAAGAAAACUCAAUUUUUCUCCAUUAAGAAAAGACAAUUACAAAGCCUUUUCUAGACUUGAUGGCGAGGUUUUCUCUCCAAACCAAGGCACUUUGCCAUGUUGGGUGUUUUACAUUGCAUGGUCCAGUGUUGUUUUGGGUAUCCUUUUAUCAGUCUUUUUCCUCAUUCUCUACAGCAUGGAAUGGGGAAAAGCUAGUUCAGAAGAAUGGCUUUCAUCGCUUGCUCUUUCAUUUUUGGAAUCCUUUAUAGUCUUUGAUCCAAUAAAAGUAAUAAUUUUUGCAGUUAUAUAUUCGACCUUUUUAAAACUGUUGGAAAAGGAAGAUCCUCCCAGUGUAAAUCUAGACAAACUACGGUCGAUAUCCAAGGAUAAUAAAUUAUGCCAGGAAUCAAGUAUUUCAG